AGCUCUAUCCUUCCUUCCUACUCCCUCCUACCGACCACGCAGGACAAUUCCGCAGACGUGAAUUGAAGCUGCGGAGCUCUUGGCUGAUGGCUCUAUCGGCAAUGGAGUCAACAUUAUCAGUAACCACAACAAUGGCAUUUUUAUCCCUAUCCAAAACCCACAACUCCAGCUCUUCUUCUACUUCUCCAUUCAUUUCUCAUCUCCACCGCCGUUUUUCCCCUGCUCGCCCAACUCAACUCCUACGUCUCCCCCUCCAUCGCAUUCUCCCCAAUAAUUCUCUCGCAAAAUCAAACCGGUUUGGCUCUAUCUAUUUGCCGAGGAGCUUGGGUGCGGUGGAACUGCAUCCUGCUAGGAGCUGCCUGGAGUGUGUGUCCUACUCCGCCGCCUCAUUUGCUUCCGGUAGCGGAGGAUUUGGGGGGAAUGAUGGGAGCAGCGGCGGAGGCGGCGGCGGGGGAGAUAGUUCCGCCGAAGGUGGGGAAGUCAAGCCGGCCACUGUUGCUGCUGGAGCUGAUGACAUCUCUGCUUUGGCUUCUGACGUCAUAGUUCUUGAUGUUGGGGGAAUGACUUGUGGGGGAUGUGCAGCCAGUGUUAAGAGAAUAUUAGAAAGUCAACCUCAGGUUUCAUCAGCUAGUGUCAAUCUCACUACAGAGACGGCUAUUAUAUGGCCUGUAUCUGAAGCUAAAGAUAUACAGAACUGGCAAACACAAUUGGGAGAGGCGCUUGCAAAGCAUUUGACUAGUUGUGGUUUUAAAUCCAAUCUUCGAGAUUCCAGGAAGGAGAACUUCUUUGAGAUUUUUGAAAAAAAGAUGAAUGAAAAGCGCAAUCAGUUGAAAGAAAGUGGUCGUGGGCUUGUUGUUUCUUGGGCUCUAUGCGCAGUAUGUCUUAUUGGUCACCUUUCUCAUUUUAUUGGAGCUAAGGUUUCAUGGAUUCAUGCAUUCCAUUCAACAGGAUUCCAUAUGUCUUUAUCACUAUUUACAUUGCUUGGUCCUGGUCGGAAACUUAUAACUGAUGGUCUCAAAAGUUUAAUUAAAGGGGCUCCAAACAUGAAUACUUUAGUUGGUCUUGGGGCAAUAUCAUCAUUUGCAGUCAGCUCAUUGGCAGCUCUUAUACCAAAACUGGGUUGGAAAACAUUCUUUGAGGAACCAGUUAUGUUGAUUGCAUUUGUCUUGCUGGGAAGGAAUCUUGAACAAAGAGCUAAGAUCAAAGCAACCAGUGACAUGACAGGCCUCCUAAGUCUUUUGCCAUCUAAAGCUCGUCUUAUUGUCAAUGGUGAUUUGAGUGUAGAAGUUCCAUGUAACAGUCUUUCUGUGGGAGAUCAGAUUAUUGUGCUACCUGGAGACCGUGUUCCUGCUGAUGGGAUUGUUAGAGCUGGUAGAAGCACGGUUGAUGAGUCAAGUUUCACAGGGGAGCCUUUACCUGUUACAAAAUUACCUGGGGCUGAAGUUGCUGCAGGAAGUGUUAAUCUAAAUGGAACACUCACCAUUGAAGUGAGAAGACCUGGUGGUGAGACUUCCAUGGGUGACAUUGUUCGAUUGGUCGAAGAAGCUCAGACUAGAGAAGCACCUGUGCAGCAGUUGGCUGACAAGAUUGCUGGGCACUUCACUUAUGGGGUAAUGGCACUUUCUGCUGCCACUUUUGUAUUCUGGAACCUCUUUGGUGCACGGGUCCUGCCAGCUGCUCUUCAUCAAGGAAGUCCAGUUUCACUGGCAUUGCAGCUUUCUUGUAGUGUUCUGGUUGUUGCAUGUCCCUGUGCACUUGGUUUAGCAACACCUACUGCUGUGCUGGUUGGAACCUCACUUGGCGCUAAAAAGGGCUUGCUUUUUCGUGGUGGAAGUGUUUUGGAAAGAUUUUCAGCUGUCGACACAAUUGUGUUUGACAAAACUGGGACAUUAACACUUGGCAGGCCUGUUGUGACAAAAAUUAUGACUCAGGGACAUGACAAGGAUACAAAUACAAAACAAGAUUCAUCUCUUAAAUGGUCAGAAGUCGAUAUCCUGAGGUUAGCUGCUGGAGUUGAGACAAAUACAAAUCAUCCUGUAGGAAAAGCAAUUGUGCAUGCUGCUCAGGCAGCUAACUGCCCGGUCAUGAAGGCUGGAGAGGGAACAUAUAUAGAGGAACCUGGAUCUGGUGCAGUAGCAAUUGUUGAGAAUAGAAAGGUGUCGGUUGGUACACUGGAUUGGAUAAAAAGGCAUGGAGUUGAUGAAAGUCCACUUCAGGAACUUGAGGAGACUAAGAAUCAGUCUGCUGUCUAUGUGGGAAUAGAUGAUGAUCUUGCUGGCAUUAUUUAUGUCGAGGAUGAAAUCAGAGAAGAUGCUAACCAUGUUGUUGAAUCAUUGUCCAAACAAGGAAUAAGCACUUAUCUGUUAUCGGGGGACAAGAAGAAUGCUGCAGAGUAUGUUGCAUCUGUUGUUGGAAUCCCUAAGGACAAAGUUUUAUAUGGAGUCAAACCAGAGCAGAAAAAGAAGUUUAUAAGUGAACUUCAGAAGGAGCACAUUGUGGCUAUGGUUGGCGAUGGAAUUAAUGAUGCUGCUGCUUUGGCAUCAGCACAUGUAGGAGUUGCCAUUGGUGGAGGUGUUGGAGCUGCUAGUGAGGUGUCUUCUGUUGUGCUGAUGCACAACAGGUUGUCCCAGUUACUUGAUGCACUGGAACUAAGCAGGCUAACCAUGAAAACUGUGAAGCAAAACCUUUGGUGGGCUUUUGCAUACAAUAUUUUUGGAAUUCCUAUAGCCGCUGGAGCAUUGUUGCCAGUUACCGGAACUAUGCUUACUCCAUCAAUUGCUGGUGCCCUCAUGGGCUUGAGCUCUAUUGGGGUAAUGACAAAUUCACUGCUUUUGAGAUUCAAGUAUUCGUCAAGAGAGAAAGAAAUCGGUGGACCAUCAGUACGGAUUGAUAUCCCUCUUGAUGCUGAUAGAGUGCUGGACCAAGACAAAAAGUUGAAAGACCCUUUUGUAUCCACUCGAUGAUGAGAACUGCAAACAUGGGAAGUGAAUUGGUUCUUGUGGACAUUGCAGAGCCCUGUCAAUUUCACUGACAUGCCUUCUUAGUUGGAAGUUAGUUGGAGAUGAUCAAUGUUCAUGAGGAUGUGUUGGCAUUGGGGUUGCAAAGUACUGGGUUGGUGCACGAAAUUAUGCAACAAGACAGCAGUGAAGAAGGAAAAGCAUGACCUAGGGAUGUGCUAUCAGACAUCGCGGCUGGAUGAGCCAAAAGGUGGCUAAAGCAUGAAGCACAUGACGAGGGAAUACUGAGCUACGAGGAUCAUUGCUGCAUCAAUUAGGCAUGAAUUGGUAUCGAGUAGUUUUUUGUUCUAUUGCACGUCCAAGGAUAUCAAAUUUGGUGGUUCUGGUAAGAAAAUGAUGCGUGAAUGGGUACCCCACUCGUGACAAUGCUAAUUGAAUGCUAGAAAUAUAAUCAAGUAUUCUUUCGCUUGGGGAAUCA